UCCGCGGACGGCCGGCGCCUCCGCACAUGCGCAGUAGCCCCCGCGGUGGCGGCGGCGGCGGCGGCGGCGGCGGCGGAGGUGUCCCCGGAGCCGGAAGGUCCGGCGGCGGUGGGCUGGCGGCUCCGUGUCUCCCGGGUCAUGUCGGCCCAGGGGGACUGCGAGUUCCUGGUGCAGCGAGCCCGAGAGUUGGUGCCCCAGGACCUGUGGGCAGCCAAGGCUUGGCUGAUCACGGCCCGCAGCCUCUACCCGGCUGACUUUAACAUCCAGUAUGAGAUGUACACGAUCGAGCGCAACGCAGAGCGGACUGCCACCGCCGGGAGACUGCUGUACGACAUGUUUGUGAAUUUCCCAGACCAGCCGGUGGUGUGGAGAGAAAUCAGCAUUAUUACAUCAGCAUUAAGGAACGAUUCACAGGAUAAACAAACCCAAUUUUUAAGAAGUUUAUUUGAAACUCUUCCUGGUCGGGUCCAGUGUGAAAUGUUACUAAAGGUCACGGAACAAUGCUUCAACACAUUGGAACGAUCAGAGAUGCUGCUUCUACUUCUGCGGCGCUUCCCUGAAACAGUGGUACAGCAUGGGGUUGGCCUUGGGGAGGCAUUGUUAGAGGCUGAAACCAUUGAAGAACAAGAAUCUCCUGUUAACUGCUUUAGAAAAUUAUUUGUUUGUGAUGUCCUCCCUCUAAUAAUUAACAACCAUGAUGUUCGAUUGCCUGCCAAUUUAUUAUAUAAGUAUUUGAACAAAGCAGCUGAAUUUUAUAUCAACUAUGUCACUAGAUCUGCUCAGAUAGAAAAUCAGCACCAAGGUGCCCAAGAUACAUCUGAUUUAAUGUCUCCUAGCAAACGUAGCUCUCAGAAGUACAUAAUAGAAGGGCUGACUGAAAAAUCAUCCCAGAUUGUAGACCCUUGGGAGAGGUUGUUCAAGAUUUUGAAUGUUGUUGGAAUGAGAUGUGAAUGGCAGAUGGAUAAAGGAAGACGAAGCUAUGGUGAUAUUUUGCAUAGAAUGAAGGAUCUCUGCAGAUACAUGAAUAACUUUGAUAACGAAGCACAUGCAAAAUAUAAAAACCAAGUGGUUUAUUCCACUAUGUUGGUCUUCUUUAAGAAUGCAUUCCAGUACGUCAACAGCAUACAGCCAUCUCUUUUCCAAGGUCCUAAUGCCCCAAGCCAAGUUCCGCUGGUACUUCUUGAAGAUGUAUCCAAUGUGUAUGGUGAUGUAGAAAUUGAUCGUAAUAAGCACAUACAUAAAAAGAGGAAACUAGCUGAGGGAAGAGAGAAAACCAUGAGUUCAGAUGACGAAGACUGUUCAGCAAAAGGAAGAAAUCGUCACAUUGUAGUCAAUAAAGCAGAACUUGCUAACUCCAUCGAAGUGUUGGAAAGCUUUAAAUUGGCCAGGGAGAGCUGGGAGUUGCUCUAUUCCCUGGAAUUCCUUGACAAAGGUAAGAAUGUGCUUGUCAUAUUGGUGCUGGUUUUUGGGUUUUUUUGUUUUUUUUUUUUGAUGGCAAUGUUUUGUCCCUCCUUGCUAUUAUGUCUUUCCAAGGGUCAGUACAAAAAGGCGAUAGCCAGCCUGCAUCAUUUAGCAGCUCUUCAGGGAUCCCUUUCUCAGCCACAGAUCUCGGGACAGGGGACCUUGGAGCAUCAGAGGGCACUCAUCCAGCUGGCGACGUGCCACUUCGCCCUGGGGGAGUACAGAAUGACAUGUGAAAAAGUCCUUGAUUUGAUGUGCUACAUGGUACUCCCAAUUCAGGAUGGAGGCAAAGCACAGGAAGAACCCUCAAAAGGAAAGCCCAAAUUUAGAAAAGGUUCGGAUCUGAAGCUCCUGCCUUGUACCAGCAAGGCUAUCAUGCCAUACUGCCUGCAUUUAAUGUUAGCCUGUUUUAAGCUUAGAGCUUUCACCGACAACAGAGAUGACAUGGCAUUGGGACACGUCAUAGUAUUGCUUCAACAAGAGUGGCCCCGGGGAGAGAAUCUUUUCUUGAAAGCUGUCAAUAAGAUUUGCCAACAAGGAAAUUUCCAAUAUGAGAAUUUUUUUAAUUAUGUUACAAACAUUGAUAUGCUGGAGGAAUUUGCCUACUUAAGAACUCAGGAAGGUGGGAAAAUUCAUCUGGAGUUACUGCCUAAUCAAGGAAUGCUGAUCAAGCACCACACGGUAACUCGAGGCAUCACCAAAGGCGUGAAGGAGGACUUCCGCCUGGCCAUGGAACGCCAGGUCUCCCGCUGUGGUGAGAAUUUGAUGGUGGUACUGCACAGGUUCUGCAUUAAUGAGAAGAUCUUGCUCCUUCAGACUCUGACCUGACUGGAGACCUUGCCACCAGAGACAGCUCGUAGCUGUAAAAUUUUGGAUGAAGACACACAGCACUGAUACAUGUUGCUGUUACAACUCUUAAAAAGAAGAAGACCAUCUGAGUUCUAACUCCUUGGUUGCUUAAAAGUAGUUCCCAAGAGUCUGAGAAGCUGUUCUAUUUUUAAGAGUCAUUUUUUUUGUAAUUUUUGUAAAACAAAAAGAAUCAACCUGUUUUGUAAAUAAAAAUCAUCCUAAAAUUUGAAA